AUGGCGAAGUACACCGUCACCGGCAACGUCAUCCGAUCGUUCGGCCGCUCUGCCAAGGCCACCCUGUUGGGCUCGGCGAAAACGACUGACUCUGUGAGGAAGAGGCUCGAGGACUUCAAGGCUGGCGACAAGUGGAGCAAGAACUUCGUGAAGCGCAACGACCUCCACAGCCACAAACUUCAUGGGACGGCCGGCAGCGUCGACCACGACCGCAUCAAAGAGGGCAUGGAGGAGGUCCGCGCUGCUUGCGAGAAGUACCCGGCGAGGAACAUCUUCAACGUCGACGAGACCGGCAUCCAGUGGAAGCUCAUUGCCAGGAGGACGUAUCUCGCCGCGUUCGAGGAUCGGAAGACCACUAGAGGGAGCAAGAACAUGGAGUUCAAGGAUCGCAUAUCUGCGAUCAUGUGCGCGAAUGCCACUGGCACUGCGAAAGUGUCACUGGCGAUCAUCGGCACGGCCAAGAACCCGCGCUGCUUCAGGCGCCGGAAAUGUCCUCUCAAGUACUUCGCGCAAAGCAACGCGUGGUCUGAUGGGCCGACCUUCAAGAAGUGGUGGCAGGAGGUUUUCUUACCCUUCAUUCGGCGCUGGACUCACGAGCCCGUGCUGCUGCUCAUGGAUGGCUGCUCGUCGCACGGUGAUUUGAUCGACCCUGUCGGGCAGGUGGAGGUGGUGAUGUACCCACCGAACUGCACCAGCGUACACCAGCCCAUGGACAUGGGGAUCAUCGCGGCCACCAAGGUGAUCUACAGGAGGGAGCUCCUCGACGCCAAGGUGUCAACCAUGCUCGUGGCUCAUGCACUGCGCGCCGAGGCCAAGAGCCGCAAGAUGGCGCGCGGGACCGCGGGCUUGGCGGAGGGAAACCACCCCCACGUGCUGGACGCGGCAGACCUUCUCAAGACCGCCCGGGGCCGCAUCACCCCCACGACCAUCGCCAGGUGCUUCGUGAAGGCCAAGACGCUCCCCGAAGAUAUGGAGGCUGAGCUCACGGCUGCGCACGGGAAGCACAGGCCGAGUGGCUCCGCGGCCCCGGCGGGAGGGCCAGUGCUGGGGCGUGCAGACAAGGAGUCUGUGGAUCUUCUCGCAAAGACCCUCACCAGCAUGAGCUCACGGGUGCAUGAAGCACAGGAGAAGUCCUACGGUGUUGACACGGAGUUGACAGAAAUGCUGGCGGCCCUGGGCAUCACUGCGGGAGAGCCCGCCGAUGCUGCCGCUGUGCGAGCGGCUGAAGUGUGGGCGACGGUGGAGGACCAGCCGGAUGUUGUGGAAGCCAUGCAGCAGGACGCCGUGGACGAGAUGACGGAGCUACUUGAUGGCACGGCUCCCGCGGAGGAGAGCUCGGACGACGAAGCGAGCAAGGAACCCUCAAGUCAUACGGCACCUCCGCCGUAUGCGGCACUUUCGUCGCACUUCGGGGCUCUGGAGACGGCAGCGGAGGGGAGCGGCAACCGUGACGCCGCUUUCCAUCUACAGAAGGCCAAAAUGGCAAUGA